ACGCAACGACGCCAUUACUAAAGUUUCUUUUUGACGUUUUUCGAUUACAAACCAAAUUCGAACGUUAGGAAUCGAAAAUUGUGAAAAUUUACUACGAUUCUUUACGUUUGUAAUUCCAAUUUGUUCAAAAAUAGUUGAACGGGAUUAAGACAAAUAUGUAAUUCGUGAUUAGAAGACGGUUUUCUCGGUGGACCGCGCAAAAAUUGGAUUUAACGGGACAUGCAUUUUUUUUUCUCUUUUGAUCUCGCAUCAUUGUUUUGUGUCGUCGAACAUAAAUAAUCAGUUUUUCAUCCCACAUUGGGUUUUAUUAGACAAAAAAUCAAAAUUGUGCAAAGAAAGUGCUCACGGGAAUCGUGUGUUGAUCGGAAAUAAUUGAUAUUAUUUUGGAAAGAGGCGACACGAACAGUUCGUUUCCAAACACCCACGUUUACAAUCCGAAAUCAACCCACCCAGAAGAGACAAUACUGGAGAUUCAUCAUUCGAAGAAACCGGAGAUAAGUUUCUCUAAUUGCGUUUAAGUGAAUUUUGUGAUCAUAAUAGACUCGCAUUCAUUCGGUGUGAGUGUUAAAUUGGUGUGUUAAAAGACAAGAAUUCAAAGAGAACGAGCUCCGUUCCAUUGUUCCGGCUGUGGUGAAAUUCGAAACAAAAAGAGUGUAAAAUGUACAGUCCAGAUUAUGAAAAGAGAAUAUUGAAAUUUUCCAGUCCGGUUGCGCGGAGUCUGUAUUGCAACGAAGGAAACAGUUCGUCGUUGGAUCGAUUCAUACCAUCCAGAGCGAACAACAAUUGGCAAACGAAUUUUGCAUCGAUCACAAAAUCCAACGAAAGUUCGCCACAAUCCAACAAAAAGCAGCGUGAUGUCGGCGAAUCGGCCCGUGAUAGUUUGGCGUAUUCGUGUCUCCUGAAAAAUGAAUUGCUCGGCACGAAUAUUGAUGAUGUGAAAACAGUCACCGAUGACCGAAACGAAAACAGUUUUAUGCCCAGUGCUAAAAGAGGCCUUUUCAAAUAUCAGUCACCAUCGAAACAGGAUUUCAAUGAACAAUGCCCGUACUCCCUGUCACCGGUCAGCAUCAAGAGUCAAAAACUUCUACGAUCUCCAAGGAAAGCGACACGAAAAAUAUCCCGCAUCCCGUUCAAAGUGCUAGACGCGCCCGAACUACAAGACGAUUUCUAUUUGAAUUUAGUCGAUUGGUCGGCACAAAAUGUAUUAGCCGUUGGUUUGGGUAGCUGUGUGUACCUAUGGAGCGCUUGUACGAGUCAAGUAACACGUCUAUGUGAUCUAAGCAACGAUGCCAAUUCGGUUACAUCGGUUUCAUGGAGCGAACGAGGCAAUCAAGUAGCUGUCGGUACUCAUCAUGGAUAUGUAACCGUAUGGGAUGUAGCAGUCAAUAAACAGAUCAACAAACUACAAGGCCAUUCAGCCCGUGUCGGUGCAUUGGCGUGGAACGGUGACAUUUUAUCGAGCGGGUCUCGCGAUCGAUUAAUUAUGCAACGAGAUACGCGCACACCAGCUCUAGUGUCCGAACGUCGGUUGGCCGGUCAUCGCCAGGAAGUGUGCGGAUUGAAAUGGUCUCCAGACAAUCAAUAUCUAGCCAGCGGAGGAAACGACAAUCGCCUGUACGUUUGGAGCCAACACUCAACCAGUCCGGUACAAUCCUAUUCGGAGCACAUGGCAGCUGUAAAAGCCAUAGCAUGGUCACCGCACCAUCACGGUCUGUUGGCGAGUGGUGGUGGAACGGCCGAUCGGUGUAUUCGUUUUUGGAAUACGUUAACCGGUCAGCCGAUGCAAUGCGUGGACACUGGUUCGCAGGUGUGCAAUUUGGCCUGGUCAAAGCACUCGUCGGAAUUGGUAUCGACACAUGGCUACUCACAGAAUCAGAUUUUGGUGUGGAAGUAUCCGUCGUUGACACAGGUGGCCAAACUGACCGGCCAUUCGUAUCGUGUGCUGUAUUUGGCACUGAGUCCGGAUGGUGAGGCUAUUGUGACGGGUGCUGGUGAUGAGACGUUACGGUUUUGGAAUGUGUUCAGUAAAGCGCGAAGUCAGAAGGAAAACAAAAGCGUGUUAAAUCUAUUCACCAACAUCAGAUAAGGACGGUGGUGAUGAUGGCAACCAUUUUGUCGUUAGAAUUUUUUUUUUUUUUGCGUUUUACAUUUAUUUUCGAGUCAUUUAUUUUUGUAGCAGCAAUUUUCGGAGCACCGCCAAUGUUUCGGUCAAAGAAGAAAAUUUCUUUUUAUUUUGGAAAAUAUUUUGGAAAAUAAAAAAAUUGUGAAACUGAGUGUCGAAAAGAAAACCUUGCCAAUCGUAUAAAUGAGAGUCACACGCGUACAUUUGA